AUGUCUCCACGGGCUUCCAUGAUCGACCCACCCAACAGCCCACCAAGAUGCAUCCAACCACCCACCCACCACCCGGCAACUUCGGCUAUCCUCCCAUUCUCCCUUUGGCUGAGCGGGAGGCGGGAGACGGAUAACUUGGCCAACCCGCCAACAUUUGUUCUGGAAGGAGUUUAUGACCGCAGAACCUCAAAAAAACAUGCCACAAACUCAAAAGAAGUGUCACCCAGCGUCAUCAGCGGGUCCCGAUCUCCCGAAGGUCUGUACCAGCUACUACAAGAUCAGAUAACGACGGAACUCUGCGUUCAGGUGGAAACUUUUACGGCUCUAUGA